AUGGUGGAUAGGAGGAGAUUACUCUUCAGUAUAGGGUUAUGUUGCUUUUUACAGUAUGGUAAGUUGCAUUUUUUUAUUUUUAAAUUGCUUUUUAAGCGAAAUUGCCAUUCCUUUUGAAACAACGACAGAAUAAAGAAAAUUAGCUUUUUUUGACUGAUUAAUGAAGAAAACUUCAAUAUUACUUUAGAUUGUGAUGUCUUUUUAACAUAACUUUAUAUUCAAGAGACGGAUGAAUAAAGCUGCUUACUAUAGCAGUAUAGAAGCAGAUAUGUUUCAUACUGUAGUUUAGUAUAAGGUGUUUUAGCUUAUGCCAAUCCGUGCCUAUCAGCCGGCUCAUGCACAGAUUGUAUUAAGGCUGGAAGCGAAUGUGCUUGGUGUACCGAGCCGGUAAGUUGACUUUUUUGUGUUACAUCUUCUUGAAAUUUAUAUUUUUAGGUAACAAAAAGUAAAUUAAAAUACAAAAUUUUAAAUUUGUAACUUAAUUUUGUGCUAAAAAUUAAAUUUUCUUUUAAUUUCAACUUAUUUUUGGUUUUUUUUUGGUCAUUUUUAAGAUUUUUUUGCCAUUUUUAACCUUUUAAGCCACUUUUAAUUACACCCUUCUAAAAACAACAAAAUUACGUAAUCCUAUGACAAAUCCCAAAAGAAUCACGGCUAAAAUAAUAUCGGAUAUAAACAAACGCAACUGUUUUAGGCUUUUAACGGAUCCAGGUGUAAUUCGAGAUCCGAACUCUCAAAUCACUGCAACUUACGCAACAUCUACUCUCCAGUCACCGAGCUUCGCAUACCGAAACAACACAAUGUGCCGUUAGGAAAGAAACAUCAAGAUGGACAUACCAUUACUCAGCUCGAACCGCAGCAAGUUCAGGUCAAGAUCAAGCCGGGUAAGAGGUGGCUAAAGUAAUAUAUAUUAUACAUAAUAGCUAAAAACACUAAAAUUUAAUAUAAAUAGCUCAAACAGGGUUAGGAAAGUAAAAUACGCUCUAAAUAUUCAGGGGAAUCAUAUUUUUUUUGCAUAUUUAUCAAAUUUAACGAAAUGUAAAAAAGUUAUUGGAAAAAUGACGAAAUGUCACAUUUUUUAUCAAGUUCAACAUUUUUGUAAAAGGUGAACUUUUAUACUAUUCUAAAGCCAAAUCACUCUGAUUUAGGUAAUAAAAAACUUUUUACCGCUUAAAGCGCACUUACUGCGUCGUAUUUUAUUGAGGAGCGACGUCUGGCCAACAGGAAUUCCUUUGAGGUCAAGAGCGCUUCGAAUUAAGGUCAAGGGUCUUUGUUCAUCUAGGACAACUUUUUAUGGCUUUUAAGCCUAUUCUAACAAAAAAUUUUUUUUAGGAAGUAACAUUUUUUUGAAAAAAUUUAAAAUUUAAUUUUUUUUAACUUUGGAAAUUUUAGGAGAUUUUGUGGAAGUGCCAUUUAAGUAUGAACACCGCGGCCGAGUUGGAUUGGAAGUCCGUGACUUUCAGCUCAUGACUUCGAACAUCGAAAACACUGGCGUUAAAGUGGAGUUCUUUAUUGAGUGUAAUGGGUAAGGACUCUUUCACAAAUUUUAAAAUUUAAAAGUUUCAAUAAUUGUUUUUACCAAAAUGUAUUUUUAAAGUUGAAGCUAGCUGUUGACCGUAUUUUACACUAAAAAAUGUUUUAAAGAAUGAAAACUUUAACAUUUCUAAAUUUUAUAUUAAAACAGUACAUACCUCUAAAUUCAUACCGAAAAAGUCGAAUUCAAAAUUUUAAAUUUUUAGGGAAAGAAUCAACGCUUUGAGAUGCCCAGGAAUCGUUGAAGGACAACAUAUUAAUUUCUUUGUCAAGGUUUCACUGACCGAUUGUAAAGACAUUGCUUUAUCAGUGUCUGUAUAUGGCUAUAACACUGUAUCAGCCUUGUUUGUCACUCCAUUGUGUUCUUGCGAAUGUGAGAGCUUCAGAUUCCAUGUAAGUUCAGCUUUUCAGAGUUUAAUCUUGUUUCCAUCGAGUUUUGCUUCGCUUUUUCUUUUUCCAAUAACGAAAUGUCAAAAAGUUGGGACGAAGUGUCAAAACAAUUUUUUUUGGGAUUUUGUUGUUUUUCCGAUAUUACUUUAGAUUUCUAAAUUUCAAUAAUAAUUUUUAGUUUUUUUUGUAAUAAAUCCGCAUUUUAGGAACGUCGCUCAGCCCACUGUCGCCACUCGGGCGACCUCGUUUGCGGAGCCUGUCAAUGUGGCUCGGGUCGUGGCGGUCGCUCCUGCGAAUGCGACUUGAGUCAACACGGAGUGUCAUCGGCGUUGGAACUGGAGAACAAAUGUCGAGCGUAAGUGAUCCAUUAAUAUUGUUGAUGGAUUUAUGACAAAUUCGCGUUUAAAAAUGUUUUAUUAUCCGGAAGGAACAAAUUUUAGGUAUGAGUGGGGCAAAAGAAAAGAAAAUGGCGGGGGAGGGGUGGGAUUGGAAGUCGGGAAAGUAAAAUUUUAUGAAGGCAUAGGAAAGGUACUCAGGCUCAUUUAAAAUUUAUUUUAACUUUCUAGUUUUCAAAAUUUUGAAUUUUUUAAAAAUGAAAAAAUGCACAGUGCAAAUUUGAAAAAAAAAUUAAAAUUUUUUAAAAUUUAUUUUAAAAUAUUAAAAUUUAAAGUAAUUUUGCUAACUUUCUUAUUUUCAGCUCAUCAGAUGCUUCAGUUUGCUCAGCUGCUGGAAGUUGUGAAUGUGGAAGAUGUAGAUGUAACAACCCAGCUGUAAGUUUACAUUCUUCUUACGAAUCUUCAUAAAAGCUGAAAAUAUGAAACAUUAGGAUUUUUUAUACCUAAUUGCAAAAUUUUAAAAAGUUUGGGCUUUUAGUUCAAAAGUUAUCGGAUUUUUUGCACGGUGCAGUCAUUUUAAAAUUAUUUUCAAUUUUUAUUUAUUAGGUUGUUCAAAUAAUUAUGUGUUUCCUAACGGCUAAAGUUUGUUUUUAGGGGGUUCAGAAUUAUUUGAACAAUCUGAUAUUUAAAUUUUUCAAAAUUUUAGCUGAAUACAUGAUUCAAAAAGUCCUGAACUUUGCGAAAUUUGUGUAAUAUUGGCCGUAAAACAUGUCCAGAUGUAUAUAUCUUGUCGCUCUCUUUACGAUUAAACUUUUUGCCAUAAAUUUUAAACAGAUGUUUGUUACACUCGAAUUACGAAUUCGAAAUUUCGAAAAAAAUAUUUUUUUGUAAAAUACGUUUUUUGUUUUCUAAGCUUCUAAAUAUAAAAUAAGUUACAUUUAUGGUAAAAUUUUUAUGUAUAAUACUCAUUUUUACGAUAUCCAAUAUUAGAAACAAUUGCUACAUUUACAGUAUAGAAGGAGAUACUGUAGCUUUAAAAAACUCGAUUUAUUCAAAAAUUUUUUAAUGUUAGUAGUAACGAUAAGAAGGUAUAACAUGAUUAAUUUCAGACGCAAGGAGAAUUCUGUGAAUGUGAUAGUUCAUCGUGCCCAGUAGGUGGUAAUGGUCAAUUAUGUUCUGGCCAAGGUGAUUGUCUGUGUGGAAAGUGCCAAUGUUUGGCCGGCUUCCAAGGCCCAGACUGUUCUUGUAAAGAAGACCCUGAGGCUUGCAUGGAAAAUGGAGUAAGUGAUGCUUUGUUGCAUCUUUACCUUAUCCUAUUCUACCCUACCCUUCCCUACACUAUUAAAUGUUAAUUUUCAGAACAUUUGCUCAGGCAAUGGUGAAUGUGUAUGUGGUCGAUGUUCGUGUAACUCCGGUUACACUGGCUCUAACUGUGCCAUCUCUACCUCAGCUGAAGAGGAUCAGCGAGUUGUAGCUGCUGAUGAUGGACCAGGUCAGAUUCUGCCUUCAGCGGAUUCAGAUGAAGAUAGGUCCGAAUUCCCACCUCCACAGCCAGAAGCUGAAGCUGUGGGUGGUGCACGGACGUUAGGAGGAUCACUGGUACUGUUGGUACUCGGAUAUUUGGUUACAAGUUUUUAA